AUGGAGGAGCCCAACGGUGGCGCCGGCGAGAGCAGGUGGUCCAAGCUGGCAACGACGCUUCCCGUCAGCAACGUCCAGGCUCUGGCUGCGCCCACCGCCGACGAGCUGACGCCCGACACCAUCCAACGGUACAUCCAGCCGGACAUCGACGCACACGCGGUUUUCGCUGAGCAUUCCGACGACGUCCCGGUGAUCGACCUCAGCAAGCUCCUGAGCCCCGAGUCCGUGGAAGCGGAGGCCGCGAAGCUCAAGUUUGCCUGCGAGGAGUGGGGAUUCUUUCAGCUGGUAAAUCACGGAGUGCCAGAUGAGGUCAUCGCGGGCGUAAAGCGUGACAUAGAAAAGUUCUUUCAGCUCCCCCUCGACGUGAAGAAUGCUUACGCGCAGCGCCCAGGAGAUCUUCAAGGUUACGGCCAAGCCUUUGUUCAAUCCAAUGAUCAAAAGCUUGACUGGUCUGAUAUGUUCGCGCUCUACACUCAGCCACCUCAGGCCCGUGACAUGAGUUACUGGCCAAGUCAACCUCAUACAUUCAGAAAAUACAUUGAAGAAUACUCUUCGGAGCUGAUGAAACUCGCUGAUUCUGUUGCUACCUUCAUUGCAAAAACACUAGACGCUGACCCUGAAUUGGUGGCAGACAAAAAUGUGGUGCAGAUUUUUAGGAUGAACUACUACCCUCAAUGCUCGUCAGCGCCCGACAAGGUUUUAGGUUUCUCACCACAUUCUGAUGGAUCUUUUCUAACUAUCCUACUAGAAGUUAAUUCAGUUCAAGGCCUACAAAUUAGAAGGCAUGGUGCAUGGAUCCCAGUCAAACCACGUACUGAUGCAUUAUUGGUUAAUGUGGGUGACCUUCUUGAGAUCAUGACAAACGGGAAGUACAAGAGCAUUGAGCACAGAGUUACUGUAAAUGCCCAUAAGGAACGGUUAUCCAUAUCAGCAUUUCACGUCCCAAAGUUAGAUGGAAUAAUUUCACCAAUUUUGGGCAUUAUGGAAGAGAAGGUAUUAUACAAGACAACAAAUGUAGAAGAGUAUUCAAGACUUUAUAUGUCAAACAAACUAGAUGGCAAGAGGGCCCUCGAUCAUGCAAAAUUAUCCAUAAUAUAUUAA